AUGCAGUUAAAUCGUUUUGCUUGUCGUUUAUUGGGCAUCUGGCCGUCCAUAGAGACAGAGUCAUCGAAUUUCGAAAAUCUCAGGAGAAUCUUGCUCAUCCUAGUUUGCUAUUUUCUCCUCGCCUGCGAGUUAAUUCCAACUAUCCUGUACGUAAUUAUCGUCGAAAAACGUACUCGUGUCAAAUUAAAACUCAUAUCGUCCGUGAUGUUCACGACAUUAGCAGUGCUCAAGUAUAGCAGCCUGGUGUUCACUCAAAGCAAAGUGAGAAACUGUUUGAUGCGAGUGAGAGACGAUUGGCAAAACGUCGCAAACGCCAAAGCUCGUGAAUCUAUGAUUGACAGAGCCAGGACCGCAAGACGUUUGCUCCUCUUAUGCAGUUUAUUUAUGUACACUUCCGGUUUGUACUUCCGUACGGUCGUACCAUUGAGCAAAGGAAAGUCUGUUAACAAUCGGAACAUUACAAUCAGAUUUUUACCCUGUCCGAGCUACUUCAUUUUCUUCGACGGACAGAUCAGUCCUGCCUACGAAAUCAUGUUCUUCAUACAGUUUCUUUCCGGAUUUAUUAAAUACACUAUCACAGUGGCCAUCUGCAGUCUCGCUGCGCUUUUUGCUAUGCAUCUAUGCGCGCAAUUAGAAAUAUUAAUGUCGUUAAUAAAUGAUUUCAUAAACGAACCUGAAGAAAAGAAUCUAGCUAAGAGGCUGGCCGCGACUGUCAAAUAUCAUACCGAAAUGCGAAAUUUCUUUCAAUUGGUGCAGAAAACUCUGGAACACACAAGCCUGUUAGAAGUGAUGGGGUGUACGAUGAUUGUAUGUCUUCUAGGACACGAUAUUCUUACGGAGUGGGAAGAUCAAAAUGUUAUAGCUAUGUUUUCAUAUCUUGUUCUAUUGACGUCGAUUGGAUUCAAUAUUUUCAUUUUUUGUUUUAUCGGUGAACAACUCUCUGAAGAGGGAGAAAAAUUAUCAUUAACAGUGUGUACAUUGGCUUGGUAUCGUCUUCCGAAUGCGAAAGCACGAGCACUGAUUUUAAUUAUAGCCAUGUCAAAUAUCCCAACUAAACUUAAAGCCGGAAAAUUUUUCGAUCUUUCUAUCAAAACGUUUGGUGAUGUUGUUAAAACGGCUGUUACAUACUUGAAUCUUAUUCGAAAAGUAAUGGAAUAA